GACGAUGGAGACGCUGCUCGCUCUCUGGGUCGCCGUCAGCGCCAUUGCCGCCGUGUCUUCGACUACGAUUGACCCGCCAGCCACCUCAUCAUCCGUCACCCGCGGUCCAAAUGUGACGGUUCACACCGUCAGCUCGGACAGUUUGACAACUCCCCCCCACCCUUCGGGGUCGCCCCACCCCAACCUGAACACCACGACCGAGCCCCCCAAAGCCGAGACCCCCAGAGCAACAACGCUGGACGGUAACGUGACAACCGCCUCUCCAGACCACACCACGACUAGGUCUUCGGGGACAACUAACUCCACCCACCCCUCCACGGUUCACCCAGACAACAGCACCCUCCCCACCCUCUCCACCCCCACCAGUGCACCGUCUAAUUCCACCAUAACAACUGAGAAUAGAACUACAACGGACGGCUCAUCUUCCAACGUGACAUCCGGGAGCAGAACUACAACAACCAGGAGCAGUUCUUCUUCUGUGUCCCGGAGCACGGCCCAGCCCGCUCCCCCGGCCCCGGCCAGCAGGGCGGUCCCCGGAUGGGGGGUUGCUCUGCUGGUCCUUGCUACCCUGCUGCUGCUGCUGCUGCUCCUGCUGCUUAUUGGACUGCUGGCGUGGUGUUGCUGCUACGGUGGACGCCACAACAACUACGCCGUCUUCGGGUCUCCGAACCACAGAGACGACAUCCCCCUGUACUCCACCCACGGACGCUUCGCCGGGAAACAAUACGUAC